AUGACAGCUACUUACUCCUCGCUCAACGGCCCCAUGGGUUUCUCUCAGGGCAAGAUUGAUGCUACAGGCAUAGAACUCAUCACCGACACAAUCGCCAGCACUCAGCAUGUCCUGCGCGUCCUUGAGAACAUGAAGAAACAUGGAGAUUACCAGACGGCCCCAUGGAACGCUACUUCCACCGAAGCUUGCCUAGAAUACGUCCAAGUCUUUUCGAACGCUAUCAAGGGUCAGGUUUCGGUCCUGGAGGGAGUUGCUCGAAGCGUCGCAAUCGACAUCAAGCAUGCUAAAGACGAUAAUCCCAUCGAUGCUGAUGAUGUUCGCGCCAGUGCAUGGGGCUCUGGAAGCGAACCUGUUGCGACUGCCCAGCAUCAUGGCAGCGAUUCGGAGCCACCCUCGGAUGUAUUCCAGCCUUCCACCAACGGCAGUGAAGGAGGCGGCUGGCUGCCGUGUGGCCACGAAUGUACAACCCCGACUGAAGAUGAGUUCGAGGAGAGUCAGUGCCAAGAAAGCUGUUCCGGCGACCACAGCUUUGAUCGCUCAGGCUCAAUUGCCGGUCCCAAGUAUGAGUGGGGCUGUGACAACUACCACGCCAAUGGCGGGCAUGCUGCCACCGCCCAAUGCCAUGUCGAUGACCGGACUCGCGACAAUGGUGGCAAGAGUUACUGGGACUCUCCCGCCUAUUUUGCAGGCAGUCAGGCCUCCAUCGCCAACCACAAGAAUCAACGUAUCUCUGGCAGAGAUGGCGGCGGAUGGGGUCAACGUGGCGACGAUGCUGAGGGCAGCUGGGCCGGUGCCACAGGCUACAAAGACGUCCACGCUUCUAACAACAGCCACGGUGGUGGCUGGGGCGAGAAGAGAAACUCGGUUAGUCAGCACCAUUGCACUUGUUCUGGCUGGUAA